GCGCGGGGUGGCGGCAGACGGCGCAGGUUCCCCCCUCUGGUGGCGGCGCGGUGGUGCGCGCCGCCCAGGGAGCUGCGGCCGGGGGUUUGAACUGGCCAAUUUCUCCAGCGGGCAGGGGCGAGCGCCAGCUCGGCUGCCUGGGCGAGUGACACGCGGAGCUGAAGCCAUGGUUCAUCAGGUGCUCUACCGGGCGCUGGUCUCCACCAAGUGGCUGGCGGAGUCCAUCAGGACUGGCAAGCUGGGGCCCGGCCUGCGGGUGCUGGACGCCUCCUGGUACUCACCGGGCACCCGAGAGGCCCGCAAAGAGUACCUGGAGCGCCACGUGCCCGGCGCCUCUUUCUUUGACAUAGAGGAGUGCCGGGACACGGCGUCGCCCUACGAGAUGAUGCUACCCAGCGAGACUGGCUUCGCCGACUACGUGGGCCGCCUGGGCAUCAGCAACCACACGCACGUGGUGGUGUAUGAUGGUGACCACCUGGGCAGCUUCUACGCUCCCCGGGUCUGGUGGAUGUUCCGUGUGUUCGGCCACCGCACGGUAUCAGUGCUCAAUGGUGGCUUCCGGAACUGGCUGAAAGAGGGCCACCCCGUGACAUCCGAGCCCUCACGCCCCGAACCUGCCGUCUUCAAAGCCACACUGGACCAUUCCCUGCUCAAGACCUAUGAGCAGGUGCUGGAGAACCUUGAAUCUAAGAGGUUCCAGCUGGUGGAUUCACGGUCCCAAGGGCGGUUCCUGGGUGCUGAGCCAGAGCCGGAUGCAUUCGGACUGGACUCGGGCCACAUUCAUGGCUCAGUCAACAUGCCUUUCAUGGACUUCCUGACUGAAGAUGGCUUCGAGAAGAGCCCAGAAGAGCUCCGUGCUCUGUUCCAGGCCAAGAAGGUGGAUCUCUCGCAGCCUCUCAUUGCCACAUGCCGCAAGGGGGUCACCGCCUGCCACGUGGCUCUGGCUGCUUACCUCUGCGGCAAGCCUGAUGUGGCCGUGUACGACGGCUCCUGGUCCGAGUGGUUUCGCCGGGCGCCCCCAGAGACCCGUGUGUCCCAGGGGAAGUCUGGGAAGGCCUGAGCCACGACCUCUCCUGCUUACUGUAACUGUGGCCAGUUUAGUGACCCCGUGACUCGCAGCCAGGCAAAGGAGAUUGACAUGAUUUUAGAAUUGCUGUGCAAGCCUCACUCUCCCUGUCAACACUGGAAUAAACUUUGCCUUUCUGA